AUGACGAUAGAAGCUCAAGUGAUGUUCCGGCAAGAUGAACCCUUAAACUAUGAAAUGUUCGAUUAUUACCACGUGUCCAACGCCACCGCGUCUUGGCAAACAACGGCCGCGGCGGCGGCCGGGGCGGUGGCUCCUUCCAUUUCCUCGCCGGAAAACAGAUUUUCCGGCGAAACCGGAGAGUUAGAGGGUAAGCCGCCGCUGCGGAAAAGGAGGAGGAGGAAGAUGAGAAGCGAAAAGAACGUAGAAGAGAUUGAGCAUCAAAGGAUUACUCACAUUGCCGUUGAACGUAACCGCAGGAAACAAAUGAACCAUCUUCUCUCUGUUCUCCGAUCCAUCAUGCCCCCUUCUUAUUCUCAAAAGGGUGACCAAGCAUCGAUAGUUGGAGGAGCCAUCAAGUACGUAAAGGAGCUAGAACAAAUCCUCCAAUCACUUGAAGCCCAAAAAGCCAUCCAAUCAAAACAACCACAAAGCCAAUCCAUAUUCUCCAACUUCUUCAUCCUCCCACAGUACUCCACCGCCGCCGCCACCUUUUCCGGCGGCCGGAUCCGAGCGGCGGUUGCUGACGUGGAAGUCACGAUGGCGGAAAGGCAUGCCAACAUCAAAGUGCUAACAAAGGCUCAGCCUAGCCUUCUCUCCAAGAUGGUCACUGAAUUCUACUCUCUGGGCCUAACUGUACUUUGCCUCAAUCUCACCACUUCCCAACACAUGGUCCUUUUCACUUUCAGUGUCAAGGUAGAAGAAACUGUUCAAGUGACUUCUGUUGAUGAUAUCGCAAGUGCAGUGCAUGAGCUUGUCCGAAGAAUUCAACGUGAAAAUUGAAUUCAAAACUUACAAUAUUUUUUGGAGUUAAAUAAUAUAUAUAUAUAUAUAUAUAUAUAUAUAUACAUACUCAAUAUUAUUUACUAUAUUUGGAAAAUGAAAAGCUCGACGACGGUCAAUCAUGCACCUUUUCCAAAAUAAACUAAAAAAAUAAAAAAAGGAUUGGAUUUAUUUGCUUCGAAAUUAGACGUCGAUGUUCGA